AUCUCUCAUUCUGUGUCGAGAACUCGUGUCGGUUGGACGUGCGUCGCGUUUGUUUCGGACGAUUUUUUUCCCUCUGUCUGCCUAAAGGGACAUUGUGUGAAGUUAAAAACAGCAAGAACAACAAGAAGAACACAAUAUAGGUGGUGUUUGCGCCAGCUGAGGAGGAUCGGACCAGCCCGGCUGCUGCAGCAUCCCAUUCGCGGUAUAUGUGAACGGAUUUGUUAUUGCCAAGAAGACAAGACGGAAGACGCGUUAUGGUGGCGAAUCUGGAAAAAGAAAAUUAAAAGUGACCGGACAAGUUCUGGAUUGGUUGGUGUACCUACACAACAGUGAGACGAUUGGCGUUGUCUCUCGAUCCGGUUCGAAGGUGGAGGUCGUCGCGCGAGUGUACAGAACAGAUUGAUGUCUCUGUAACCAGCCAACGACCAUCAUCAUCCACGGUGUGAGACGGACGGACGGACGGUCAAGCCGCCGUCGUCGUGUAAUUGAAGAAGCGAGGCGCGGUCUUGGAAGAGUUUGAAACCGAAAACAGGAAACUGAAGAUGAGUGUAUACAGUGUGUCUAUAUGGAAAGAAGAAGGCGCAGUAAGGUGUCGCAGUUUGUGAAGAACCUCGGGAAAUGACCCUAUACAGCACCGCCACAGUACCAGCUUGGUGAUGAUUUGAAUUUCAAUGUGCGUAUUGUUGCCGUAGUUUCUACGUACAACGUGUUGUCGAGUGUUCUUCAUUAGUGAUCGAUCACAUCAAUCGAGUGGUGUAUAUUUAAAAUUUUAAAAUAAUUCUGGCGACAACGAAACCAGACCAGGGGCAGAGAUAGUGUCAAACUGUGCAAAGGCGUGAGCUUGGGGAAUCGUGCGCUGUGACGAUCGAAAGAAAAUCAUCACGGGCGUGCUGUUUGUGAAUGUCUGUUCCGCUCCUCGGAACGAACGAGCAUCAGCAGACGCGGCGCGAAGAGAAAUAUUACGACAUAGGUGCCCGCGAGAAGCAGCAUUGCCGGUGCCGGUUCUGGUGGUGACGAUGAAUGAAAAUAAAAAUAGCUGCCAAAGGGAGCAGCAGCAGCUAGAGCAGAAGACGACGGCUGUGAGUGGCAGCCGAGAGCGCAAUAGAAUGGGCCUAUCGCGUAGUGAAAAAAGUGCAACGAUGAUGCUAGUAGCAGGGCUGGGAUUGGUGUUGUUUGUCGUCGCGGCGACGCUGCAGCCAACGACCGCGGUUGUCAUUGAAGAAUCAGCGUCGAGUGCAGGUGUUGGUGCUAGCGCGCCGACCGUCGUCAGUGGCAGCGGGCUCGAUGAUGACGGCGGCGGCGGUGGUGAAGGUGGGGUUAAUGGUGAUGGUAGUGAUGCACAAAAAAGCUAUGUUAGUGAUGGUGUCAUUAAUUAUGGAAUUCAAAACAACAAGAAGGAAGAACCGGCUUGGGGUCCUGGCAGAGCGGAAGCGGUGCUGUCCAUUGGCAAGAGAAGUCUUCCCACUACGAAUGCUCCUCCGGCGUAUGAUUCGGAUUUUCUAGAAAAGUACAUACAUAGCGUCGAUUGGUCCGUAAUCUUCUUCUCCGCGGCUAUACUCAAUACUCAUACCGGCCCUCGCCGCGCCAUUGUCGCUCAACAACUCCUUCUACGUCCGAUCAGUGUACAGAACAGAUUGAUGUCUCUGUAACCAGCCAACGACCAUCAUCAUCAUCCACGGUGUGAGACGGACGGACGGACGGUCAAGCCGCCGUCGUCGUGUAAUUGAAGAAGCGAGGCGCGGUCUUGGAAGAGUUUGAAACCGAAAACAGGAAACUGAAGAUGAGUGUAUACAGUGUGUCUAUAUGGAAAGAAGAAGGCGCAGUAAGGUGUCGCAGUUUGUGAAGAACCUCGGGAAAUGACCCUAUACAGCACCGCCACAGUACCAGCUUGGUGAUGAUUUGAAUUUCAAUGUGCGUAUUGUUGCCGUAGUUUCUACCGUACAACGUGUUGUCGAGUGUUCUUCAUUAGUGAUCGAUCACAUCAAUCGAGUGGUGUAUAUUUAAAAUUUUUAAAUAAUUCUGGCGACAACGAAACCAGACCAGGGGCAGAGAUAGUGUCAAACUGUGCAAAGGCGUGAGCCUGGGGAAUCGCGCGCUGUGACGAUCGAAAGGUUUCGCUUCAGGAACGGACCAACGAAGGAACGGAUCGCUGAUUCCAGAUUAUUGUUAUUACUUCAUACAGCGCACAAAAAAAAGGCAGAACGUGGUUGAAGAGAUACCACAACCUAUCCUAUAUAUCAAGGAAGAGAGACUACCACAACCGGCAAAGCAACGAAGCAAAAAGCGAAAAACCUCGGGUGUUCUGUCUGGUGGUGUUGUUUGGUUGACUCUACACAUGUAUCUUCGCCGCCAAGUUGUUCCGCAGGGGUAUUUGUGAUUCAAAAUCUGCGAAGACAUCGCAAAGGAAGAUAAACAAGUGAAACCAAUAAAAGAAGAGAUAAAUAGUAUGUGCUUAUCGCCGCCAGUCAGCAGCUUAAGUACCAACCACAGUGCAGCACAGUCAGUGUCUGACUGAGCGAGCCACAUUUGCAAAGUGUUGAAGUGAAUCAAAGAAUAAGCGAAAUGAUGAAAAAAUUGUUGGUGUUUUGAUGUGCAAAUCGGUGGGCUCUUUUUCGAUUUGGGAUUCUUGGGCAUUCGUCGUUCCGCAAGAAUCUGGUUUUGCGGGCUGAAGUGACCUAGAAGAAUAAGGAAGACAAGUCCCGCGCCCGAGGACGAAAAGAAGAAAACGGUUUCUGUGUAGCGCGAGGUGAAGAGGACGCGCACGCGAUCAUAAAAGUGAACGUGUCCCAUAAAAGGUAUAAUAUUGGAUGGAAUAGGUAGCAGUGCAAAAAAGGCUUACCUUGAAGGCUGUUCUCGAAAUAAUCCGGACAAACGACAGAGAAAAUCAUCACGGGCGUGCUGUUUGUCAAUGUCUGUUCCGCUCCUCGGAACGAACGAGCAUCAGCAGACGCGGCGUGAAGAGAAAUAUUACGACAUAGGUGCCCGCGAGAAGCAGCAUUGCCGGUGCCGGUUCUGGUGGUGACGAUGAAUGAAAAUAAAAAUAGCUGCCAAAGGGAGCAGCAGCAGCUAGAGCAGAAGACGACGGCUGUGAGUGGCAGCCGAGAGCGCAAAAGAAUGGGCCUAUCGCGUAGUGAAAAAAGUGCAACGAUGAUGCUAGUAGCAGGGCUGGGAUUGGUGUUGUUUGUCGUCGCGGCGACGCUGCAGCCAACGACCGCGGUUGUCAUUGAAGAAUCAGCGUCGAGUGCAGGUGCUGGUGCUAGCGCGCCGACCGUCGUCAGUGGCAGCGGGCUCGAUGAUGACGACGGCGGUGGUGGAGGUGCUGGUGGGGUUGAUGGUGAUGGUAGUGAUGCAGAAAAAAGCUAUGUUAGUGAUGGUGUCAUUAAUUAUGGAAUUCAAAACAACAAGAAGGAAGAACCGGCUUGGGGUCCUGGCAGAGCGGAAGCGGUGCUGUCCAUUGGGAAGAGAAGUCUUCCCACUACGAAUGCUCCUCCGGCGUAUGAUUCGGAUUUUCUAGUCACCUGCCCGAGGUCGCACUUCACCUGCGGUGAUGGGAAAUGUAUACCGCAGCACUGGAAAUGUGAUACCUACACCGACUGUACGGACGGUUCGGACGAAAUCGAUUGUGAUAAAGCACACCAGUGCAAAGAGGAGCAGUUCCAGUGUAAGCUAACAAACAAGUGCAUCCCGCGGAGCUGGACCUGUGACGGGGAUGCCGACUGCGGGGUGGUGGAGAAAUUUCGCACCAUCGAUGUGUCGGACGAGGAUGCGGAACUGUGCCGCAGCUCGAAGCACUGUCUUCCAACGCAAACCGUUUGCAGCAACGGCAAGUGUCUAGAUAUAGAGAAAUUCUGCGACGGCGAGUGGGACUGCUCGAACGACGAGCUACGGUGUCCCAAGGGCAACACGUCCGAGUGUGAUACGCUGCAAUGUUCCUUCGACUGCCGGCAAACGCCGAACGGUCCCAAGUGUUUUUGUGCCAAAGGAAGCCAACCGAACGGGAGUCUGUGCGAGGAUUUCGACGAGUGUCAGAUCGAGGGCAUCUGUGAUCAAACGUGUAAAAAUUUGCCCGGAUCGUACAAGUGCACCUGUGCCAGCGGGUACGCCCGGGUCGACAAUAAGUGCCUGGCUAUUAAUACGCCAAAGGAAGAGCCCAUGUCUCUUCUGUUCGCCACAUCGAUCGAUGUGCAGAAAUUCCCUGUGAUCAACGGUUCCGUCGUAGUCAACGAAAUGUCGCCUAGCAUAAAACUGCCACUCCACAACAUCCGUGCCCUGGAGAUGUACCAUCGAAAUCGAACGAUCUGCCUCAUUCGCUCGGCAACGACAACCCGUUUCGAGUGCUAUAACGUGGACAUGGUGAGUCACACGUGGCACAUGCCUCUGCCGGAUCUGUUCCCGAACAUCGAUUCCGUCGAUCAGGUCAGCGUCGAUUGGAUUUCCGGCAACUGGUACUUUCUCGACGAUCAACGGGAAAUAAUCUUUGUAUGUUCGGCCUCCAUGGAACACUGCACUAUCGUGCUGGAGAAUGAUCUGAUGAAGCCUCGGGGGAUGGCCCUGGAUCCGACGGUGGGGUUUCUCUUCUUUACCAAAUGGGGAAAAUCUUUGGCCAGCGUGGAGCGAUCCUUUCUCGACGGGAGUAAUCGGACAUCGAUCGUGCUGAAGAAGAUCGUCUAUCCCCAUGGAGUGGCGUUGGAUCUGGCCCUGCAGCAUACCUACUGGGUAGACACGUACCUUGACUCGAUCGAACGAGUAGACUACGAUGGCAACAAUCGGUGGUUUCUGAAAAAGUCGGCCAACUUCAUGAUCAACCUGCAGUCGAUCCACACCGUCAACGUAUUCGAGUCGACUAUUUUUUUAGCCUCGUGGAAGAAUCGAUCCGUUGUAGCGAUCGAUAAGUUCACGACGGAAGCCAAACUCGUCGCUACGGAUAUCUCCAGGGCUUUCCACUUGCACGUGUUCCACCGGCAGAAACAACCGGAAACGGCUCAUCCCUGCCGACGGCAUAACGGUGGAUGCGAUCACCUCUGCAUACCGGUGUGGAAAAAAUCGGUGGCCAUCGGUCUCUGCAUGUGUUCGCCGGGCUACCGGUUGAAGUCGAAAACGCAAUGCGUUUUGAUCAAACGACCGACGUUCCUGAUCUACGCCAAAUCGAACCCCGGCAUAAUCCGAGGCAUUCCGCUGGGGAUCAAGUCACAGGAAGCGAUCGUGCCGGUGACGGACCUCGGACGGGAUAUUACUUUCGACUACCACAUCGAGGAUCAGCUGAUCUUCUUUGCGCAUCACGACAAAACACAGUCCAAAUUCUCCAUCGAGAGCCAAAAACUGGACGGCACCGGCCGGGAAAAGCUCUGGGAAGCGGAGGGUUCCUGUGAUGGCCUAUCCUACGACUGGAUCGGCAACAACCUGUUCUACACCAAUUCGGAGCGAGGUCACAUAACGGUCCUGAAGCUGGGCAGCCGACGAAUCGCUCACGUCGUCCUGCGUGAUCUGUUGCGACCGCAAUCGAUCGCACUGGAUCCCAAAAAGGGAAUGAUGUACUGGUCCUCGUGGGCACCGGAUGACGGCAAAAUCGAGUGGGCCUGGAUGGACGGCAACCGACGGGAUACGCUUGUUGAUGGAAAGAUUCGACCGAUGAUCUGGCCGAGUGGACUGGUGUUGGAUCAGAUUCAGAAGCGACUGUAUUGGUGUGACUCGAGGACCGGGUUGAUCGAGAGUGUUACGCUGGAUGGACAGGACAGGACUUUGCUGUACGACGGUAUGGCGGGCAAUCACUAUCCGGUGACGAUCGGGGUAUACAAACAGCAAAUCUAUUUCUCUGAUAACGUGAAGGGAAACAUCGAGAGGUUGAACAUGAGUGAUCCAAGUGCUACGGAUACGAUCGCGGUGGUGAAGCCACGUUUAUUCGGGUUGAAGAUCUUCGAUAACCUCACGCAGUACAACAGCAACCACCAACAGCUGUGCGACAAUGAAUGCCCGGGGAUCUGCAUCAACACUCCAGUUCGUCCGGAGUGCGCGUGUGAAGAAUCUUUUGUCCUGAAUGAGAACCGUACCGCGUGUGUUCCGAUAGCCGCGAUCAACAGUCCGCCGAUGAAGUGCCCCAAUGAAACGAACUUCUUGUGUAAAAACGGAGUCCAGUGUAUCGAUCAGCGGUUUACCUGUGAUGACGACCGUGACUGCGAUGAUGGCAGCGAUGAGGAGCAGACUCCAGAUGGACCGUGCAAUCCGAACUGUGACCUGGAACACAACUUCAAAUGUGAUGACCAAAGAUGCAUUAACAGAUCCCUGGUGUGCGAUGGCACGGUGAACUGUAUUGACGAAACCGACGAGGACUACGCCAACUGUUCAAACGUGACUUGCGUGGAUAACUUCUUUCAGUGCGCUACCAGUCGACGGUGCAUUCCUAAGGCCUGGGUCUGCGAUCGACAUCCAGACUGUGGUCCCAGUGAUUUAUCCGAUGAACCACCACACUGCCACAAAUGUAGCGAGUUCGAGUGCAAAAACGGCGUUUGCAUUACGUUCGCACAGCUAUGCGAUGGAGAGAAUAAUUGCGGUGACAACUCGGACGAGGUUCAGUGCGACGUGGAGUGCAAACCGAACGAGUUCUACUGUAGUCCGUACGGGUGUAUUGAUCGAUCGCAGAUGUGCGACCCCAAGUUGAACUGCUUGAACGCGUUCAGUGGGUGCGAUCAACCGGUGAACGGCAGCUUCAGCGGGACUACCAUAGUGCCACCGGAGCCUGUGAAGACCGCAGAUGAAGUGAAACUCGCUCAGUGCACACAGGAAGCUAAGCAGUUCUGUGCAACAGACCAGAACUGCACCAAUCACUACCUGAAUCAAUGUAAAAACGCGACACUUCCAACUGCUUGCUUGUACCCAGACCGGAUAUGUCGACCAACGAAUGUCUGCAUAAAGGUCGAUCAGCUGUGCGACGGCCGCAUGGACUGCCCAGACAAUACGGACGAGGGGUUUCGUUGUAAGGAUCAGCUAUGCGAUAAAGCCACCCGCGAGUGUUCCCAUACCUGCCAUAAUGCACCGGAAGGAUUUGUGUGCUCCUGUCCGGAACAUCUGUUUCUCCAGCCCAAUCUGAAAGACUGCAAGGUUGAUCACGCUUGUGAACAUUGGGGAACGUGUUCACAGGUUUGCACCCCCGAUGGAAAGCACUACAAAUGUAGUUGCAAAGAAGGUUACACGUUGACGUUUGACAAGUUCACCUGUCGAAGUAACAAUCCGGAUGCACCACACGUGAUCUUCAGCAAUCGACAAGAGAUUCGAGGUGUAGAUCUGAACACGCUGGCCGUGAAAAACUUCUACACUUCGCUGAGAAACACCAUCGCUCUGGAUUUUCUAUGGGGGAAUGAAUCAAUACAAAUUUUCUGGACGGACGUGAUCGAUGACAAGAUCUUUCGGGGGACAUUGACAGGGGACUCCCUGAGUAACGUGGAGGCCGUCGUACAGUCUGGUCUGUCAACGGCCGAGGGGUUGGCAGUUGACUGGAUCGGGCUGAAUCUUUAUUGGAUCGAUAGCAAUCUGGAUCAGAUCGAGGUUGCUAAAACUAACGGUAACUAUCGCAGAACAUUGGUUGCUGGAGACAUGGUGAACCCCAGGGCUAUCGCUCUGGAUCCGAUGGAAGGACUUCUUUUCUGGACAGAUUGGGAAGAAGGUGCUCCCAGGCUGGAACGGUGUACCAUGGCAGGUGAAGAUCGGACCACGAUCAAGUACGUAGGUUCCGAUGGGGGUUGGCCAAACGGAAUAACUCUGGAUUACGUUCUGAAACGGGUCUACUGGAUAGACGCCCGCUCGGAUUCAAUUCACACGAUCGACUACAAUGGCCUAAAUCAUCACCUAGUCAUCAAAGAUCAGGAAGUCCUGUCGCAUCCUUUCAGUAUAACCUUGUUUGACAACUACGUUUAUUGGACGGAUUGGCGUACAAACUCUGUGAUACGUGCCAACAAAUGGAACGGCACGGAUGUUACCGUUAUCCAGCGAACGCAAAGUCAGCCUUUCGGUAUCCAGAUUCUACACUCCAGUAGACAGCCGAACGAUCGCAACAACAAUCCUUGCGCCACAAACAAUGGCGGGUGCUCACACUUGUGCCUUCUCAGCGUGAACCAGACCUACCAAUGUGCUUGUCCUCAUGUAAUGCGGCUAGAUACUGAUAAAAAGCGCUGCGUACAGAACGAGGAAAUCCUCCUGUUCGUCAUGUCUACGGAGAUACGCGGAGUCGAUCUUCAACAACCCAAUCACUACACUAUCCCAACGAUCAGCCAUCAGACACAGGUAGUUCAACCGGCCGUACUGGACUACGACAUAUCGGAAGGCAGGCUAUUCUGGAAUGACAUUCAAUUGAAUGAGAUCAAGUCCUCAUACCUUGCCACGGGCCCGAUUGAAACCAUCCUGGAUACGGACAUUUCCAACUCGAUGGGCUUUGCUGUGGACUGGAUUUCGAAGUUGUUGUUUAUCUCUACGGGAACGGAAACCACCAGUCGGAUCCUGGCGUGCAACAUGAAGGGCGAAUACAUGACGGAGAUCCUGACGGAACUGUCGCUGGUCAACAGCCUGGUGGUACAUCCGUCCAAGGGCGUACUUUACUUUGCAACCUCUAGGGAUGCGUCGAAACUGUACGAGAUGUACUCCUGUCGCAUGGACGGCUCAGAAAAGAAGUUGAUCAGCAACUCCACAUUCUUUCCGAUGGAGAGUUUGGUACUGGACUACGCCACGGAACGACUAUACUACAUCACCUCCAAACUGGGCGAGAUCUACUACUACGAUAUUCAAAGUGAAAAGAUCAUCGAGGUUCUGGGCGCGAUAGGGUCGCACUCCAUCAGUACGAUGACCAUCUACCGGGAGCACAUCUACUUUGACGACGGGCACGAAAGCCGGAUCAUGCGUUGCAACAAGAACCUCUGCCGGGACCAAGAGAUCGUACGGAACAAUACCGGUGGAGUGAACGCUAUCCGAAUGUACCAUCCGGGGGCGCAAAACGGAACCAAUUCGUGUCAACAGAGCGGCGGAGGCGGUUGCCAUCACCUGUGCGUACCGCUGUCCGCUGAGACUCACACCUGCAAGUGUGCCAUGGGUUAUCGGACGGACCCGCAGGAUGCUUCGCGAUGCGUUGGGAUCGAUAACUUUUUGAUAUACUCGAUCGGGCAUCAACUAAAGGGUCUUGCGGUGGGGAAGGCGCUGAAUCCGAAAGAAGUCGUGCUCGGACCGCUGCAGAAAAUUUCAUUGGCGACCGCGAUCGAUUACCACGCAAAGAGUGAUUUUGUGUUCAUUGCGGACAGUGACCGGGGAUCGAUAACGAAGAUCAAGCGCGAUGGCAGUGAACGAUCGGUUAUUGUGAGCAAUUUCGAGCAGGUUGUGGACGGAAAUUCGUUGGAUUGGCUCGGUGGUAUUGCCCUUGAUUGGGUGGCAGACAACAUCUACUGGACGGAUCAGAAGAGAAACCUGAUCGAGGUGGCAAGAUUGAAUGGUUCUAUGCGGUAUGUGGUAGCGUCAAAUUUGGAAAGUCCCCAACUGAUCGCGGUUGAUCCCGUGAAUGGGUACAUAUUCUACGCCGGUAAAGGGAAGAUCGGAAGAACGGGCCUGGACGGUACUGGAAAGUUCAUUUUGGUAAACCAGACUACCAUGAUCAGUGAUCUGACGCUGGACAUUGAGAAUCAGGCAGUGUAUUGGUGCGAAGUUCAAACGGACAGUAUCUGGCGGGUUGAUUAUGACGGCAAUAUGAAAAAAGUGUUACUGAACAACACUCUGGACAACGUACAAACGCUAGAUCUGUACGAGGAAAACGUUUUCUGGUCAGAUGUUCGAGGGAAUAUCAAGGUGGCAAAUGUGAAAAACCUUACAAACUACUGGUCCGUGAUCGAAGCCGACAGCAACCCGAUGAAAGAUAUAAAAAUUUUCUCUUCGGAGAAACAGAAAACAACGAACGCCUGUGGCAAAGACAACGGUGGCUGUGAGCACCUCUGCUUGUUCAACGGAACGCAUCCGGUCUGCGCGUGCUCUCAUGGCAAGGUUUCCACCAUAGAUUACAAAACAUGUGAACCGUAUGACAGCUUCUUGAUAUAUUCUCGCGUCUCUGCGAUCGAAAGUAUUCAUCUGACCGACUCCCAGAAUCGCAAUGGUCCUAUUCCGGAGAUUCAGAAUUCAACCUUACUGAAGAACACGAUCGCUCUAACAUAUGACUACGAUCGAAGUUUGAUCUACUACUCGGACGUGGAGUUCAGUUCUAUCAACUCCGUGUACUUCAAUGGUUCGGACCAUCGUCAGAUCAUCACCAAGCAGCUCACUGUGGAAGGCCUUGCGUACAACCCAAUCACCAAACACUUAUUCUGGACCUCAAAUAAUGAAGCGUCCAUCCGAUCGUUGGACAUGUCCAACAUAACCCACGACCCGAAAACAAACGCCGGGUUGGUCAAGGAGCUGAUCAAGCUGAAACCAACUGACAAGCCGCGAGGGAUUGCCGUUGAACCGUGCCUAGCGAUGAUCUAUUGGACCAACUGGAAUCCACUGUCGGCGUCGAUUCAACGCGCCUAUCCGUCCGGUUAUGGUCUGGAAAGUAUUAUCACGACUGACAUUCGGAUGCCGAACGCCAUCACCUUGGACUACCAGGCGAAGAAGCUGUACUGGGCCGACGCACGGUACGAUAAAAUUGAGCGGGCGGACUACGACGGACGGAAUCGAGUGGUUUUGGCGCACUCGACCCCGAAGCACCCGUUUGCAAUGGCCGUCUAUGGGGAUUUGCUGUUUUGGACCGACUGGAUUCUGCACGCGGUGAUCAGGGCCAACAAGUAUUCCGGAAGUGAUGUUCUGUGGUUGCGGAAUGACAUUGUUCGACCGAUGGGAAUAGUGGCGGUGCAAAAGAUCGACCAAGACUGUAGUGCGGAUCCAUGUCGAGUGCUGAACGGAGGUUGCGAAGACGUGUGCAUGGUCGAUGCGGCCGGCAUGAUCAAGUGCAACUGUACGCAGGGGGUGUUGGCGAAGGACGGAAGACGAUGUGUUCCGAGUCAGUCGUCGCACUGUUCGGCGGAUGCGUUCAGCUGUACGGUCGGUGGAUGCAUUCCAUUUUACUUGACAUGUGACAAGAUCUCGCACUGUAUUGACGGAUCGGAUGAGAUGCCGAGUUUCUGCGAUAGCCGGCAGUGUCCGAAGGGAUUCUUCCUGUGCACUAAUAGGCGGUGUAUUCCGGAGUCGCAGCACUGUGACAAUAUCCAGAAUUGUGGUGAUGGCAGCGACGAGUUGAACUGCCCCUGUGAUCCGGAGACCAAGUUCCGGUGUAACAAUGGGUUGUGCAUAUCCAACAAGAUGCGCUGCGACAACGAUCCGGAUUGUGCGGAUGCCUCGGACGAGAUCGGUUGUCCGAAGGUUCGAAACUGCAGUGCGAUGCAUUCUGGUGAAUUCCUGCAGUGUCCAAACACUACGGCGUGCUACAUGGCUUCGUGGGUUUGCGACGGGGAGAACGACUGUUGGGAUAACAGCGACGAACAGAACUGUUCGAUGUCGAUCGCGCCGACGUGUCCAACGGAUAAGUUCCUGUGCGACAACGGACACUGCAUUCCUCAGAACUGGCGAUGUGACAACGAAGACGACUGCCUGGAUGGGACCGUCACCAGCUUGAGUUCGGACGAGGUCAAUUGCACGCGCCACUGCAAGCCAAACCAAUUCCAGUGUUUGAAUACUUCCGAGUGUAUCCCGAACAGCUGGCAGUGCGACAAUAAUCCGGAUUGCGCCGAUGGAUCGGACGAGGGCGAACACUGCCAGCAGAGAGUUUGUCCUGACUGGGAGUUCCAGUGUCCGGGAAGUGGCCGCUGCAUCCCAAAGAAGUGGAUGUGCGACGGAGAGGUGGACUGCUUUAACGAUGGAGCCGAUGAAAAGAACUGUGAUACAGUGGCGAUCGGGUGUGACCUGGAAUCCUUUACCUGUCACAGCGGAGAAUGUGUCAGUAGACUAUUCGUUUGCGAUGGUGAUGCUGAUUGUCUCGAUGGUUCCGAUGAACCUAUCAAUUGCACUGAAAGCAGUGCCCCAACUGCAUGUAAACCCGAUGAAUUCCGGUGCAAGAACCAGAAGUGCAUCCCUAACAACCUAACCUGCAACGUCAACAACGACUGCGAAGACGGAUCGGACGAAGACAUCCAGCUGUGCAAGAAUACCACGCUGAUCUGCGCUGGACCGGAACUGUUCCGCUGUGAGAGCGGAGUUUGCAUCACUAGCGGCCUGCUGUGCGAUGGACACGACGACUGCGGUGAUUGGAGCGACGAGAAGUCCUGCCAGAUCAACGAGUGCGAUCAGAUGCCGGAUCUAUGCGCCCAUACCUGCGAAGAUCGAGAAGUAGGCUAUGAAUGUAAAUGCCGACCUGGAUUUAAGGUUAACGCGAUCAACAAACACCUUUGCGAAGACAUCGAUGAGUGCCUGGAUCGUCCAUGCAGCCAAAUCUGUAUCAACACCUACGGAUCAUAUCAUUGCACGUGUCAGGAAGGAUAUGUGAGCCGUGAGAACGGAUCAUGUAAGGCCGACUCGAUCGAAACUAUGAAACUGAUUUUCUCAAACCGAUACUACGUUCGUGAAGUAGAUCUCAACGGUUCCAUGACCAUUUUGGCACACAACCUUUCCAACGCCGUUGCAUUGGACUUCGACUGGGAAACCAAGUGCUACUACUGGUCCGACGUCAACUCGGUGAUCAGUUCAAUCAAACGGAUGUGCUUGAGUUCAAACAAGACAGAGACUCUCCACAAAUCCACGUUGAAGAAUCCGGACGGCUUGGCGAUCGAUUGGGUUGCCCGGAACCUGUACUGGUGUGACAAGAGCCUGGACACGAUAGAAAUUUCCAAACUCGAUGGACGAUAUCGGAAGAUUCUGAUCUCGGAGAACCUUCAGGAACCCAGAGCGAUCGUACUGGACCCCUUCCGUCGGAACAUGUACUGGACCGACUGGGGUGAUCAACCGUAUAUCGGUAAGGCCGGCAUGGACGGAUCGAAUCAAACCAUGCUGGUUAAGAACCAUCUUGGAUGGCCGAACGCUUUGACGAUCAGUUUUGAAACGAACGAACUCUUCUGGGGCGAUGCCCGAGAAGACUUCAUCGCCGUCAGUGAUCUCGAAGGGCGCAACCGAAAGGUGAUCAUCUACCGGGACAUGCACCCAAGCAUGAACUUGCAUCACGUUUUCGCGAUCGCCGUGUGGGAAGAUCGCGUCUAUUGGACGGAUUGGGAAACGAAGUCGAUCGAGUAUUGCCACAAAUACCGUGGCGAUCAGUGCGGCAACGUGAUCAAGACCAUUCAUCGACCGAUGGAUCUUCGCGUUUUCCACCCGUAUCGACAGAGGAAACCAGCGGAGGAUCCAUGCUUGUUAGCGGGCUGCUCAACUCUUUGUCUUCUAUCGCCGGAUGCACCAGGCUACAAAUGCGCCUGUCCGGAUAACUUCAUCUUGGGAGUCGACAACAAGACUUGCAUAUCGAACUGUUCAUCGGCUCAGUUCCUCUGCAACUCGACCUUCAAAUGUAUCCCGUACUACUGGAAGUGCGACAAGCAGGACGACUGCGGCGAUAACAGCGACGAACCGGAUGACUGCCCGGAGUUCGCCUGCGAAUCCGGUCAGUUCCAGUGCGACAAUAACAAGUGCAUCAGCCCAAGUUCGAUCUGUGACGGUAUCGAUCAGUGCGGAGACGACUCCGACGAGAAGGACUGCGACGAUUACGAGUGCUUCAAUUCACAGUUUAAGUGUGCCCGAUCGGGUAACCACAGUGCGUUCUGUCUGGAUGGACACAAGCGUUGCGAUGCCAAGCUGGACUGCUACAACGGAGAGGACGAGAUCGGGUGCAAUGUGACGGCCUGUGCCGAUCAUCAGUUCAAAUGCGGCUCGGGCAAGUGCAUUACCAAGGUGUGGGCUUGCGAUGGCGACGUGGACUGCCCGGACGGAUCGGACGAGAAGAACUGCGGCGAACGGACUUGUGAUGUUGGAGAGUUCAGAUGCAACAACGGCCGCUGCAUCCCGAAUUCUUGGCGCUGCGACGGAGAGGACGAUUGCCAGGAUGGGGAAGACGAGAAGGACAACUGCAAACAGCCGGAUGUGGUAACGUGCGAAUCGUCGUACUUCCGGUGCAACAACUCCAAGUGCAUUCCCGGCCGGUGGCAGUGUGAUUAUGAGAACGAUUGCGGCGACAAUUCGGACGAGGUGAACUGCAAGAUGCGCAACUGCUCGGAGUCGGAGUUCCGCUGUCGGGAUGGUUACUGUAUCCGGGGCAUCCGGCAGUGCGAUGGGGAGUACAACUGCGUGGAUCACAGCGACGAGGAGGACUGCGAUUUGAGCUGCAAGCCGGACGAGUUUAAGUGCACCGGGCAGAACUUAUGCGUGAGCACGAAGCUCCUAUGCGACGGCGACAACGAUUGCAUCGACGGGUCGGACGAAGAGAACUGCGAGUGUCACGAGGAUGAGUACCGAUGCGACAACGGCAAGUGCAUCCUCCGGAGCUGGGUCUGCGACGGAAUCGACGACUGUUUGGACCGGUCGGACGAAAAGUUCGAGUACUGCCACGAACAUGGAUGCAACAAACGUGCCUUCAAAUGUAGCAAUAGCAACUGCAUCCGCAAGGGACUGGUGUGCGACAACAAGGACGAUUGCGGCGACAACAGCGACGAGAAGACGAGCAUGUGCCACAAGUGUCCGGCCGGGACGUUCCGCUGUAGCAGCGACUCCAAGUGUAUUCCGAGUGGUUUCCGCUGUGAUGGGCAUCCGAACUGCGUGGAUGAGUCGGAUGAACUGGGAUGCAUUCGAACGGACUGCGGGUUCGGAUCUUGCAGUCAGAUAUGCUUGGUCAAGAAGGGAUAUUACAAUUGUCAAUGUGCUUCUGGUUAUCGGAAGGGACCGCUACGUAACGACACCUGCGUGGCAGCUGAAGAACCAGGCUUGCUAUUGGUCUCAUCUGAAUCGGACUUUAGAAGCAUCUAUCAGGGAACGACUGUGAUGGGAUUCCUCCAGACCAGUUCCAAAAAGAUCGAUCGUUUCGACUUCUCGAUCACCAAACACAACAUCACUCUGUUCUGGAUUGACAGCUUGGAGAAGAGUCUGCAGAAGGUCCAUAUGGAUACUUCGGUGAAAGUGGAAGAAUCGGUGGAGUUCCCCCACAACGUUAAGCCAAGAGCACUGCCUUCAAGUGAUCGCGUCAAGACCCUCGAUGGGACACACUCAACGACAAUUCUUAAAGACCAAACAGUCAUUCCAUUGGCGAUCGCGUGCGACUGGUUAACGGAACACAUCUACGUGAUCAACAAGAAGCAGAGUAACAUCUUCGUGAUUAACUUCAACGGCACUAACCAAACAACACUGACGGCAACUGGAAAACAUCCGAUCGACAUCGUUGUCGAUCCCAUCAACCGGGUAAUGGUGUGGUCCGUCAUGGAGGCAAUCAUUCUAUCGGGCAUGGAUGGCUACAAGAAGCAAAAACUCGUACAUGCGAACAUCGAAUGGGCUUCCGGUCUGGCAAUAGAUCAAACCACGAAUCGCCUCUACUGGGCAGACUACCGGAAGAGUACGAUCGAGACGUGCCUGCUGAUGACCGGUGGUGAUCGGCACGUGAUCCGGGAGAUGUACGACUACUCGAAGCCGAAGCUGUUGGACGUGUUCGAGGAUAGCAUCUACGUGAUACUGUACAAUCAGAGCAUUCUCCGGUUGAACAAAUUCGGACGGGACAACGGUACGGAGGUGUUCCAGGGUACCCGAGGAUACAGGUCGUCCGAUCUGCACUACAUCCAUCCGUUGAAGCAUAAUCGAAAAGCUGCCAACCCGUGCUCCAUGUAUCCCUGUCACGAGUCGGCCGUUUGCCUGCUCUCGAUCGAGAUUCCCCUGGGACGUCGUUGCCUAUGCCCGGACAACCAUCAGAUCGUAAACGAUACGUCGCCAAUGGUUCAGUGCGCCAAGGAAACACCCAUCGAGUGUAAACUGCCGUGCAACUUUGGCCAGUGUGUCAUCGAGAAUGGAGCCCCGCGAUGCAAGUGUCCGGGAUUGUUCGAUGGCAAGUACUGCGAACACUACAUUUGCUCGGAGUACUGCAAGAAUCGGGGCGCCUGUUACAUCGUGAACAACGUGCGCAAGUGUACCUGUUUGCCGCAGUGGACCGGCGAGCGGUGUGAUAUCUCCACGGAAGCGUGCCUGCAGCACUGCCACAAUGGGGGCAAUUGUUCGAUCUCCAACAACGGAAGCCUGUCGUGCAGUUGUCCGAAGGAUUACACGGGACCGCAGUGCGAACACUGUUCCAACUUCAGGUGCGAGAAUGGUGGCAUCUGUAGGAAAACGGCCACCGAUAGGGACCAAUGCGAAUGCCAGGAUGGAUUCAGCGGACGCAGUUGCGAGGUCAACAAUUGUGUCGACUACUGUCAUAAUGGAGGAGGGUGUGCCAUUGAGAAGGGAUAUCCUAAGUGCAGUUGCCCGGAUGGAUCGUACGGAGAUCGAUGUGAGAAUCAGAAUUGCAAGGAAUUGUGCCGGAAUGGAGGUUUCUGCAUGAUCGGUCCGAAGCCGUUCUGUAGCUGUCGGAAAGGCUACGAGGGACAGUACUGCGAGAUCGAUCUAUGCGACAGCACGGAAAAUAGACCAGAAUAUUGUCCACCGGUGCGUCCAUCGCCCAGUCCGCUGCCGAUCUCGUGCGAGCAUUACGUCUGCAGCAACACCGGCCACUGUCUGGAGCUGCGCGGUAAACCGAUCUGCAACUGUACCAACCAGUACGGGGGCAAGCACUGCCAGAUGUACGUCGGGUACAGCAAUCCGUGCAACAACUACUGCAAGAACAGUGGCAUCUGCCAGCUAGACGUUUACGCGGCGUGGAACGUGACGUACGUGCCGACGUGUGUGUGCGUCGGCGAAUGGACCGGCACGCAGUGCGAACGACCACCGAACUGCAUCGAGGAGUGCGGUACCUGUAUGGUCAACAGUUUCAUCAACGAGUGCAUGUGCGAAGACGGUUCGCUCAGCACAUGCCUGAAGCAGAUCGCCGUUGCCGAACUGGAGGAUCGAGAUCGUGCUGGUUACACGCUGUCAAUUUUAGCGAUCGUGCUAUUUGUGAUACUGAUAGCGGUGGCCGGCUUCGGCGGAGCGCUCUACGGAUUGAAGAAACGUAGAGGAGGGCUUCCAUUUUCACACGCUCGGCUCACGGAGAACGUGGAGAUCACCAAUCCCAUGUAUCUGGGCGAUGUGGAAGAGGUGCCAUCGUUUGUACACGAGGAUGAUAAGGCCCACUUCGCCAACCCGGUGUACGACUCGAUGUACGCCGGCAGCGUGAACGUGCACGCCGACUCGUCCUCGAUACCGAGCAACAGCGCCCACCCGCUGUUGACCAUGUCCGGCUCGGCCCCGGAGGAGAAGAAGGGCCUGCUCCAGCACACGCUGGACGACUCGAGCGCGCAGGACUUGUUAUGAUACCGGAUGAAGAAAUAGUAGCAAAUGCGAUUCUAGAGGGCGAUCGGGUUCCGAUUGUCUCUGGAAUGCGCGUUGGGCUGUCACUUGUGCCAGGUAUGUUUGGAUGUAUGUUUCUCUCGAUGAAUCAUAUGAUACUGUUAGAAACUAUGUGUUGAUUUCGUUACGCUUUUAUGUAGGAACGAAAUAAUAGUCAUUUUCUUACUGUUAGUAACCUUUCGCAAAGGAUUUGUAGAUAUUCUGUAUGUAUAGGAAUAGACACUAUCUUCCACAUUAACUUAGGUUUAGGAUCAAGCUAGACAAGUUUAGAAGAUCUCGAAAAUCACUUUUAGUGAAUGUAAGUGAUUUCAAUGGAAUGGAACGAUCGCAUUUGAGCGAGAUCAAUUUAGUAAAAUGGACGAAGCGAGAGAGAGUGAAUUAGAAUCAAAUUGAAUCUACUAUAGCUUCUAUGUUCUGUUAGUUAGUCAAGGACCGAACUCGGUGCCGUGAAAGAGUGGUAGGACAGAUCGGAAAGAUCACUCCAAUGAGCUUUAAAUACUUUUAUGUUAACUAAUCAAUAAUCACUACAGUGUACAUUUACAGUAUCCAGAUAGAUAUAACUAAUACUCAGCAACAGCUUCAUUAUGACAUUUUACUCGACAUUUAAAAGACGCGCACUUCCCAGGAAGCGAACACAUUUUUUCUCCAAUGACAAAGCAACAAUAAAAAUUAAACUAACCAUGAGGCGAAAUUUGUCCAUCCACUUUUUGAUAAUAAGCAAAACCUUAGCGAAUAACAAAGCAACAAUUACUGUUAAAAAGAAAUAACAACAGAUUCAUAAUUGUUUGUAAAGAAACAAGAAGUAAAACGAAACACUCUAGAAAUUGAUUGUGAUUUUUUAAAAACAAAACGUAAAUAAACGAAUCCUAACAUUAAAACAAAAUAUUACUAGUUUUGAGAAAUUAUGUGAAGGGCAGCGGUUAAAAUAAUAAUAGUUAGUUAAAAAUUAUGUGAACGAAACGCAACUUCUCCGGAAGGAGGAAACGAUUUUUAUCUGAAAGGUUGAAACAUAAUGCCAUAAAGGAAGAUGACACAACACAACAUGAACACACUGCUCCAAUGCCAUAUUUAGAUAAAUCAAUUCCCAGUUUGCCAAUGCAGAAUAGAAAAACACAUAGAAAUAGCUAUUCGCUGAGUAAGCUAAAGGAGGAAAUCAAUCAGCAAACGAAACAUUUGCAAGUUUUAUACGCGACGAGAUACUCGUGAACAUAGAUGUAGAGAAUUUGGUUUUUGUACUGGAAAGAAGGGGGUUACGAUAGUGCGAUAAAACGAACAAAUCUCGAAAUGGAGCUGAUGGAUGGUGUUAGCUGGAAUUUUUCAUAUGAGAAAAGGAAUAGGAAAAUCGUUUAAAAUAAAGACUGUAAUUUUGCAA